AUGGCCGAUGGAUUGCAGCAUCCGUCGUCGAGGAAGCAUGUGGACUUGGCGGAGAGAGUAAUUCCGCAACAUGAGCUCAGGAGGCUUAGGAAAAUUGCUCUCAGGAUGGAGAGGAUGGAAGUUGGGGAUGCAGGGAUUACCCAGGCUUUGGUGGAUUCUAUACAUGAGAAGUGGAGAGAGGAUGAAGUGGUGAAGUUGAAAUUUGAAGGUCCCCAGUCACUUAACAUGAAAAGAACCCAUGAAACUUUGGAGAGUAGGACUGGAGGCUUUGUUAUAUGGAGAUCUGGAAGUUCAGUGGUGUUGUACCGAGGGAUGGUGUAUACGCUUUCUUGUGUCCAAUCAUACAACGAAAAAAUACAGACCAGUGUGAAUUCUCUGAAAAAUGAGGACACAGCCAGUAAUGUUUUUCAUAGCAAAGGAGGCCGGAUUUUAUGUGGUUCUGCAGAAUAUAUGAAGGAUCUGUCUAAGGAAAAACGCAUGGAUAUGAAUGAUCCUAACAGUUUAUUAGAUGAGUUGGGUCCACGGUUCAAGGAUUGGUCAGGCUGUGAGCCAGUUCCAGUUGAUGCUGACUUGCUCCCUUCAGAGGUUCCUGGAUAUAAACCUCCAGUUAAGCUUCUUCCUUAUGGGGUUAGACAUUGUCUGAGAAACAAAGAGAUGACCAGGUUUCGUAGACUUGCAAGAACGAUGCCUUCACGUUUUGCCCUGGGAAAAAACAGAAAGCUGCAAGGUCUUGCUGAGGUCAUGGUAAAGUUGUGGGAGAGCAGUGCUAUUGCAAAAAUAGCAAUUAAACACGGCAUGCUAAAUACUUGCAAUGAUAGAAUGGCUGAGGAACUGAAGAAUUUAACUGGGGGAACACUACUUCCUAGGAACAAAGAUUAUAUUGUGUUUUACAGGGGCAAUGACUUCUUGCCUCCUGUGGUGGUAGAAGCAUUGAAAGAGAGAGAAAAACUAACAGAUGUGCAGGCAAAUGAGGAAGACCAAGCACGUCAGAGGGCCUCAGCUGCAAUUGAAUCAAAAUUAAAAGCUUCUAAAAGCCCACUUGUUGCUGGCACUCUUACUGAAACUCUGGCUGCCACCUAUCGGUGGGGGAAUGAAAUAAGUAGCAAAGAUGUUGAGCAUAUGCGUAGAGAUGAAUCACUCAAUAAGCACGCUGCACUCUUGAAAUAUCUUGAGAAGAAACUUGCUCUUGCUAAAGGGAAGGUCAAAAGGGCUGAGAAAGCUCUAGCAAAAGUGCAGGAGAAUCUUAGACCAGCAGACCUUCCAGUUGAUCUGGAAACCAUAAGUGAUGAGGAGAGAUCUUUACUACGUAAGAUUGGUCUGAGUAUGAAGCCCUUCCUGCUUAUCGGAAGGCGUGGCAUUUUUUAUGGUACCGUAGAGAACAUGCACUUGCAUUGGAUGUAUUGCGAGUUGGUGAAACUAAUAGUGAGGGGAAAAAGUUUUGCACAAGUGAAGCAUCUUGUAGUUUCUUUAGAGGCUGAAAGUGGUGGAGUGCUGGUAUCCUUAGAUAAGACUAUGAAAAGCUAUGCUAUCAUCAUUUAUCAUGGGAAGAAUUAUCAAAGGACUCAUGCAGUGAGACCCAGAAAUUUGCUGACUAGAAGGCAGGCAUUGGCUCGCUCUAUUGAACUUCAGAGACGUGAGACACUUAAGCAUCAUAUUUCAGACUUGCAGGAGCGGAUUGAGCUACUAAAUUACGAACUUGAAGAUAUGAGAGUAAACAACCAAAUUGAUGAAGAAAAACUUUCUAGAUCAUUUAAUGCCGGAGCGACAAUAGAUGACACAUCUGAGGAUGAAGGAGAGGAGGCAUAUCUUAAAGUUUAUGACAGUGGUGUGGAGGACACUUGAAGGAAUUAAGAAGCUUGUUCAUGAAAAAAAAUUGAUUGUCCAGGCACCCCUGCUUGUGGUCAGAAGCAGAUUUCUUGGAUGUUGUGAAACAUUUUUGACCUGAGAGGAGUCUUUCUAAUCACAUGUAAGAAGAAAAUUGAAAUGCAAGGUGGGUGUGUCUUGUAGGGGUGAGACGAGGAUUUCCUUAUUGAUGGUUAAGAUGUGUUGUUCAUUGUUCCUCAUUUCCAGGACCUAGUCCCAUGUGUGUUAAUCUCAUUUGAAGAUGAGCACAUACUUAUGUGGAGACGAAGAGAGUGGAAGUCUUCCUUUCCAACUCUCGAAGUUUAUUACAAGGAUUAUCCAUCUAGUGUUGAUCGUGCAUGUGAAGGAUCUCCUCUUCCAGUAAUCUCAGAACAGGAUGAAAACAGGAAGUUCCUGGCAAAACUAGUCCUCCUUCUGUUCAAGAAAACGAGGUAUAUGGAGUUACUGAUGCAGAUUCAAUUUUGAGGGAGGUUGAUGGAAAUAAAAUCACUGUAGGCAGCAAAAGCAGUGAAGCAGAAGAAUCAGAAGAUGCAAAGAGCAUCAAUGCAGCUGCUGCUAUGCACGAUGUUGUUGCGGAAGAAUCCGAGACCAUGGUGGAAAUAGAGAAACUGCACGAUGUUAAGGCAGGCUGUUGAGAACGGCAGUGCACUUAUCUUGAUUAGUAAUUCAUUGGAUGUUGACAUUGCUUACCAAAGGGCGGUUGCUUUUGCAAAGACUGCUCCACCUGGCCCCAUUUUCAGGCACCG